CCCGGCUAGAGCGGAUGGGCUGACCCGUGCUGGGCUGAGCCGAGCCGAGCCGAGCCGAGCCGGGCCCAAGCGGGUUAGCCGCCCUCCUGAGGGGAAGGGAAGCAGAGCCUCUCCCGGAGGGAAAGGGGGAGGGGCAGAGCUCCCGCGAGGCGGGGCAAAGGGGGGGCAGCCCCCCACCUGACCACGGUGGCAGAGCCAUCCCUGAGGCAAUUGAGGAGGAUUGUCCCAAUGGUUUGGCUGAGCCAGGCCUUCCUGUCACAAAUGACCCCAGCCCCGUGUUAGCCCCCCUCUCCCACAUUCCUGGGGGUUUGUUACACUUGGGCUAAGUACAGAAACCCUGUCACCACUUCCUCGUCCCCCAUCCCUUCCAUUACUCCUGGCUCUGUGCCCCAGGAGUUCUGCGUAUACUGGGGUGGGGCAGGAAUAAUGGAUUUUCGGGGGAAGAAGUACGAGCGGGGCAGUAAUUGGUCAGACCCUGAAGUGGUGGAGCUCCUGCAGCUUUGGGCCGAUGAGUCCGUUCAGAUGGAGCUGGAGAGCUGCCUGAGAAACCAGCAUGUCUUCAACCGAAUCGCUGAGGUGUUGAGGGAGAAGGGCAUCCACCGGACUGGGGAUCAGUGCCGGGAGAAAAUAAAAAAGAUGAAGCUGGAGUACCGUAGGAUCAAAGACAACAACAAGACCCCAAGGGGUGGCAGGACUUGGAAAUUCUAUGAGGUGAUGGACCGGGUGCUGACCAGCCGUCCCUCCCUCUCUUACAGUUCCUUGAGUGGCAGUGUGAUGUCUCAGCAGGCACUGCAAGGAAGCAUGGUGGAGAACUACCAUCACCACUUCACCCCCUCAGCUCUACCUUUCGGACACUCUCAGCACCCUGAGUUGAUGGAAAUCAAAUGCGAGGAGGUGGACUCCGAUGAACACUGCUUGACCCCGGAGCCCCCACUAUCCAUGUCUUACCAACAGGGCUCCCCUGAGGAGCAUGAGAUGGAGAGAGCUUUCUUGGACAGGGCCCAGAAUGACUCUCCUAUCUCCAGGGUGGAAAUUCCCAUUGAAACCAGUGUUUCACCUUCAGGUUUCAGUGAGCCCAACGUAGCGUCCUCAUCCCGGAUCCACAGUGUGGGCCCUCGGCCUGGCUUCUCCACCUUGCACCGCCUGCGGAAGAAACGGAAAGGCCAGCGAGUGAAGGACCCCCUUGAUGACCUCCUACUGAAGACUCUGACAUCGCAGCGGGCCAUGGAGGAGCGCUUUCUGCAGAUGGAGGAGCGGCGUUUGCAGCGGGAUAUGGAAGUGGAGGAACGGCGGAUGCAGCUGGAGCAGCGACGUUUUGAACUGGAGCGGGAGCAUGAGUUUCGCAUGUUCAAUGUCUUUGCUCAGAUGCUUAGCAUCUUAAAGCAGAACAACAGCAGCUCCUCCUCUUCUGCUGCACUUCCUUUCAUCCAGGUGCUGUCUGACAUUGCUGGGAUGGGAGGAGGAGGGGGCCUGCAGGAGGUGAGGGCUAUGCAGGUAGGGCGACCACUUUCUGAGAGAAGGACCGACAUGUACAGUUUCUGUAACCCUGGUGAGUUCCAGAGCAGCCCCUUCCUCUCCACUCGAGGAAACAUUGCCAAUCUCUUUCGUGGCUCGACAGAAGAGGGAUACAAGGCCUAUCAUGCUGACAAGUACGAUGAAGACAAAAAUCCCAAUGGGAUAAUUAAUUUUGGUACCAGUGAGAAUAAACUCUGCUUUGAUCUAAUGUCUAAGCGGCUGACACAGAGUGAUAUGAACCUCAUGGAGCCUCCACUGCUGCAAUAUCCUGAUUGGAAAGGACAUAUGUUUUUACGGGAGGAAGUGGCUCGAUUUUUGACUUAUUAUUGCAAGGCUCCUGCACCUCUCAAGGCAGAAAACGUGAUUGUGUUGAAUGGUUGUGGCUCUCUGUUUUCUGCAUUAGCUACAGUUCUCUGUGAUCCAGGGGAAGCUGUUCUGAUUGCUACCCCCUUUUAUGGUGGUAUCACCCAGAGUCUAUUCCUGUAUGGUAACGUCAAGCUGGUCUAUGCCUAUUUAGACAGCAAGAUCACUGGAACAAGCACCCGGCCCUUCCAGCUCACAGUGGACAAGCUAGAGAAGGCCUUACAGGAUGCCCGGUCAGAGGGUGUUGGUGUGAAAGCCUUAAUUCUCCUGAACCCCCAAAAUCCUUUAGGGGACAUCUACUCCCUGUCAGAAUUACGGGACUACCUGGAGUUUGCUAAAAGGCAUGAAUUGCAUGUAAUAGUAGAUGAGAUCUACAUGCUGUCAGUUUUUGACGAAUCAGCCACGUUCCAUAGUGUUCUUGGCAUGGACAGAUUGCCUGAUCCACAGAGGACCCAUGUGAUGUGGGGAAUUAGCAAGGAUUUUGCUGUCUCUGGGAUUCGUUUUGGCACUUUGUAUACAGAGAACCAAGAUGUUGCCAAUGCAGUGGCCUCCUUGUGUUACUUCCAUGGAGUUUGUGGACCUGUCCAAUACAAAGUGGCACAGCUGCUCCGAGACAGAGGUGUGAGGACUGUCUAAGAAGGUAUCUGUGGGCCAGACUCUUAAGCUUGGCUGUCUCCAGAAACUGAGAAUGUAGCUGUGGAAGCAGCACCAAGAUGAGUUGUGACUGUUUGAAUUCUCCUUUGGAACAGAAAGGGCAAAGUCUGUCCCAGCUAAGGCCUGUUCUAUGCUGGUGGGAGGAUCAAUUUAAGUUACUUAGCUUCAGCUACGUACUUAGAUCUACUAACUGUGGUGUCUUCACUGCGGUGAGUCGACUGCUGCCACUCCCCCGUUGACUCCGUCUGCACCUCUCACUGAGAUGGAGUACAGGAGUCAACGGGAGAGCACUCUGGACUUUCUCCAAUUUGUCCAUGUCUUUGCUGAAAUGUGGCACCCAGAACUGGACACAAUACUCCAGCUGAGGCCCUAUCAGCACAGAGUAGAGCAGAAGAAUUACUAUUUAUGUCUUGCUUACAGCACUUGUGCUAAUAUAUCCCACAAUGUUUGCUUUUUUUUUUUUUUUUUGCUACACUGUUGACUCAUAUUUAGCUUUUGAUUCACUAUGCUCCCCAGAUCCUUUUCCACAGUACUCCUUCCUAGGCAAUCAUUUCCCAUUUUGUAUGUGUGCAACUAAUUGUUCCUUCCUAAGUGGAGUACUUUGCAUUUGCCCAUUUCUCCAGUUUGUCCAGAUCAUUUUGAAUAUUAAUCCUAUCGUCUAAAGCACUUGCAACUCCCCCAAGCUUGGUAUUGUUCACAAACUUUAUAAGUGUACUCUCCAUGCCAUUAUCUAAAUCAGGGGUGGCCAACCUGUGGCUCCAGAGCCACAGGUUAAUAUGCAGCUCCUUGCACAGGUACUGACUGAGGCUGGAGCUACAGAUGCUAACCUUCCAGUGUGCUGUGGGGUGCUCACUGCUCAAUCACCUGCUCUCCCCAGAUUCUGCCACCACUCCUCCCCUUUCCCUGAGGCCCCUGCCCCUUCUCCCAAGCCUUCCGUGCCCUCUAAGUCCUUCCCACCAGACCCUCCUAUGCAUUGCAAAACAGCUGACUGUGGUGGGCAGAAGGCAUAGGAAGGGAGGGGAAGGUGCUGAUUAACGGGGCUGCCAGUGGGCUGGAGGAGUGUAGCGGAUGGGAGGUUGCUGACAUAUUACUGUGGCUCUUUGGCAAUGUUCAUUGGUAAAUUCUGGCUCCUUCUCAGGCUGAGAUUGGCCACCCCUGAUCAAAAUCAUUGAUGAAGAUAUUGAACAGAACCAGACCCCGAACUGAUCCCUGUGGGACCCCACUUGGUAUGUCCUUCCAGCUUCACUGUGAACCACUGAUAAACUCUUCCCAGACAAUAGUUUCCAACCAAUUACGCACCCACCUUACAGUAGCUCCCUCUAGGUUGUAUUUCCCUAGUUUGUUUAUGAGAAGGUAAUGACAGUAUCAAAAGUCUUACUACAGUUAAGAUAUACCAUGUCUACUGCUUUCCCCCAUCCACAGCACUUGUUACUUUGUCAAAGAAAGCUAUUAGGUUGGUUUGACAUGAUUUGUUCUUGAUAAAUCUAUGCUCUGUUACUUGUCACUUUAUUAUCUUCUAGGUGUUUGCAAAUUGAUUGCUUCAUUAUUUGCUCCGUUAUCUUUCUGGGUACGGAAGCGAAACUGACUGAUCUGUAAUUCCUCAGGUUGUCUUUAUUCCCUUCAUUAUAGAUUGGCACUAUAUUUGCCCUUUUCCAGUCCUCUGGAAUCUCGCCAGUGACUUUCGUGACUUUUUGAAGGUAAUCGGUAAUGGCUCAGAUAUCUCCUCAGGGAUAUUCUAGGAUGUAUUUCAUCAUUUGGAUGGGAGUAAGAUUGUGAUGCUGAUGUGAAAAGGUCCUGACAGUACACUAUACACACUUUGUAGCUUCUGUAGGCUGAGCUCAUUGCCCACCACAGGGGCUCCUUGCAUUCUUCCAUUUCCCCUCACACCAUAUCUCCUUAUGUUUCACCCUCCCAUACUGCUCCAUUUCAGGAACUCCCUAAAACUUCCCCCAAUCUCACCUCCGCCUGGGAUUCUGCCCAAAUUUCACCUUCCCUAAACCAUUAUCCCCCAUACAUAGCACCUGGCACAGGGGGGAAAUCUCUGUUCCAACCUCUGCCAUAAGCCUGGCGUGCUGGAUCCCUCCAUUCCCUCCUCCCCCAUAGCAGGGUCCCCCAUUCCCCUCCCAGCAGGGGUUUUGUAUGUUUCCCCCUCCACAACAGGGCUCUGUGUCCCCAUUGUCCCCCAUUAGCCCCCUUCGGAGCAGGGACUCUAUAUUCCCCUCCUUUUCCCCACCAGUCUCCCCUAUUCUCCCCUUACCAGGGGUUCUAUGUGCUCUCUUCAGUCCUUUCCCCCCACAAUUAUUACUUAUUUUCUUUGUGUCUGGGAGAUAAAUCAUUCAAGGUAUCAACAUGUUAAACUCUAUUGGGAGGAUGACCCAGGGCUGAGACGGGGGGUAUUCAUGUCUGCCAUCCACCAGUUCUUUGACUUGUAGACCAUUAUGACCUGACUGAAGUGCUGGGUUGGCUAACCAGAGGCUAGGGGCUCUGUGUGCCCCCCAUUUCUUCAUUCCAGUUUUCCAAAUUUCACCAAAAUUAAUAGGGUAGUAAGCUGUGUCUUAUUUAUUACUGAUUAUAUAAAUCACUGGCAACUGACCAUUUCCUUGUUCCUAAUUUAGCUGCAGUCAACAAAAGUACUUUAGUCUGUGUUGGUUAAAAAUAUUCUACUUUUUGUCCUUAACUUGCUAGCAACAGUCAUUUUUAGUAAGAACUCAACCAACCUUAUUAAAAUCUAGCAUCAAAAAUAGACUAGAGAAAUCCUGGAAGCAAAUACUAUUUUUAGCUGCUCUGUCUGUUCCCUGCCGUUACCCACCAGAUUCUGACUGCACAGCCCAUGCUCAUGUACUUAGUUAUUCUAGGCAGAGCCUCCUCGUGACCCUUUUUUCCCUGAACACCUGAAUGCGGAAAACACUCGACUGAUUAAAGAUUAAUACUGCUGCAAA